GCAUACCUUCAGAUUGUUCUUUUUUAAGUUAUCCUUUGAAACGCCCAUGGCGAUGAUCAACGCUAAGCCUUGUGUCUCUCGUAUCAAGGAUCUUAAAAAAUGAUUUCACGGAUCUCACCUCAGAAUACGAAGGAGAUAUAUAAGAUGUGUAGAAGACCCUCUCCCCCAAAAGUGCUCCUUUGUGUCCUAUCUACCUCUUACUCAUCACUCAUGUAUAACAAUACCUCAGUAUCUGCAUGAUGGGUUCUUCCAAAUACAUUUCUGACCAGGAGUCAUUCGAUGGGAGUCUUUUGAACACGAGCAGCAACUCUCGCCUCUUUCAUGUAUACCAUACCAUAUGGCACAAUGAUUACACCGUGACUUCGGACGACAAGGCACCCCUUUUCUUUGUGGAUAACUCAAGUUUCACCCCAAAGAAGCCUGACCUCACAUUCCAUGCUGGCGCUGAUAAGAAGGCCCCUAUUGUGGGCGUCUCCAAAUUCCUACAUUUUUCAAGGCAUAUCAAAGUAGGACUCGGCGACCCGCAGAGUAUCAAUCACGUUGAGUGGGAGGACCUUGUCUCUCAAAACAUCAGAUGCAACAAAUACCGCUGGCAAAUGACCGUCCGGGGUGCCUCUGGAGCAGAACGACGGUCUUUUAUGUGGAAGAGAACACACUCUGUUGCAGUCCAAGGCUCCUCCGCUACCAAAUGGAGUAGUCGCAACUUCAAGCUGGUCGAUGAGCAAACCGGUCAGAUUGUUGCAAUAUUUACGAGCACUGCAUUUAAAAGUGUCAAGAAAAGUGGCAAACUCCAAAUCGACUCGGCGAACUAUGGCGAGGAGUUUGACCUGAUGGUCCUCAUUACUGGGCUUUCUCUGUAUGAGAAACAAAGACGGCGCGACAAUAACCAUGGUGGAGGUGGCGGGGGCGGUGGUGGAGGUUAAGAGAUCUCUC